AUGGUUUUCACAAUCCCCGAACUUCCCAAAUACGAGCGCGGCCGUCCCCUGCCAUCCGUCGAGGUUGCCUACCACUACAAGCUGCCCAACUGCCCUGGCAAGUCGUCCAUUGGCAUCAUUGUCAACUUUCCGCCCAACGCGGCUACGCCCCCCCACAAGCACGCGGGCGCGUCCGUGUCGGUGCUGGUGCUCGAGGGCACCGUCAUCAACAAGAUGAACGACGAAGAAACUCAGGUGCUGACCAAGGGUGAGAGCUUUUUCGAGGCGCCGUGCUGCCACCACAAGGUCAGCAACAACUACAGCACGACUGAGACGGCCAAGCUGCUGGCGACCAUGGUGGUCGACGACGAGGUGGUGGAAAAGGGCGGAUAUGGAGGGUUGACUGUUAUCGACGAGGAGUUUGCCGAUGUGAAGCUCUAG